AUGUCGUUCGCGCAUCGGUCCGUGCUCAAGGAGAUGCGGGAGAAGAAGGCGAAGGCGGCCAAGGCGGUCGAGCGAGCCGUUUCAAGGUGGCGACCCUGGGCGGAGAGCGCCAGCUCCGAACCCGCGCCGUGGCCCGCGAAAUUUGAGAAAGGGGGAAGGGGAAUCACGCGAGGGGUGCCGCAGGUCCCUGAGGACAACAGGUGGAGGCUGGGCGAGUACGCGGUGCGCGCGGACUUCGACGGCGGUAACCUGCGGAGGGUUGAGCAGAACGGCGCCGACGGCGCGUUCCAGCUGUGGACCAGGAGCGACUGCGAGGGGAGCGACCACGCCACGCAGCACCGAACGUGGUUUCACUUUCGCAUCGAAGGCCACUCGCCGGGGGAGACGCUGUCGUUCACGGUGAUGAACUACGUCAAGCAGGGGAAGAUUUUCCAGCACGACUACAGGCCCGUGUACCGUCAGCACCCGUCCGGCGCCAAGUACGCGCGAUGCAACCAGUCGGUGAGCCAUUGGAAGACGGACCAAGGCCAGUUUCGGUGGACCUUCCGGCACAAGGUUGAAACCGCCGAGCCGACGUACUUUGCGUUUACGUUUCCGUUCUCGCACGGCGAUUGCGUCGCCACGCUGGACGCCAUCGACGCCAGGUUCGCGUCCGACAAGACGCUUCGCGAGCGCGUGUACGUCAGGCGGCAGACACUCGCGCGAUCGCUCGAGGGCAGGGACGUGGACGUGCUCACGGUGACGGCCCCGGCGGGUGUGUCCGAGUCUGAAUACGACGAAGCCCCCGUCUUGUCGUCGCGAGUGGCCCCCCCGGGACGAGCGCCCGAAGACAGGCCCGUAUUCAUCGUCUCCGCGGGGGUGCACCCCGGGGAGAAGCCCGGUAACCACAUGAUGUGCGGGAUACUCGAGUUUCUGUUGAGGCCGGACGACCCGAGAGCGUCGGCGCUGCGAGAACGGUUCGUGUUCAAACUCGUCCCGAUGCUCAACCCCGACGGCGCGUUCCGGGGGCACUUUCGGCAGGACACCUUGGGCCAGAACCUGAACCGCUUCUACGACGACCCGGACCGCACGAAGCAGCCCGUGAUUCACGCGGUGGUGCGCCUUGCGAUGCACUACGCGCACCAACGCAGGGGGUUGGGUUUUUACUUGGACCUGCACGGGCACAUGAACAAGAGAGGUGUUUUCGCGUUUGGCAACGCUCUCGACGGCGACGACGCCGCCGCCGGCUUUGCGUACGCCAGGCUGUGCUCGCUCAACACCCCGCACUUCGACGUGCACGCGUGCAACUUCACCGAGAAGAACAUGAGGACGCAGGACAAGAACGGUCAGACCAAGGAAGGGAGCGGUCGGGUGGCGUUACACGCCAAGACGGGACUGCCGCACCUGUACACGGUGGAGGCGAGUUACGUGUCGUCGCGGCUGCUCUCCCGCGUUCCGCCGGCGAGCGGGGACGACGGCCGCGCGUCGCCCCCGUCGCGCACCCCCGUUCGUUCGGUCAAGUACACUCCCGAGGUGCUCAACGACGUGGGCAGGGCGUUGAUGAUCGCGGCGCUGGACCUGCAGGGCGAGGGCGCGAACCCGUGGUCGAGGCUACCGGGGUCCGAGUACGGAAGUCUCCACGGUGUGCUCGGGUGGGCGAGGAGCGCGGCGAGGGGAGACGCGGGCAAGAACACGAGGGACGUCGCAAGGGAGCAAGAUGUGAGCAAGAAGUGGAGGACGGUGAAGAGCAAGGUGAUGGAGUUGAGGUUGAGCAAAUAG